AUGGAGCUGGGUGCGGGUGGUACACUGGGGGAAUUUCUUCACCGCCACAAUGCGUAUAUUUCGGAGGAGCACCUUGUGUGUUGGCUGGGACAAAUGCUGAGAGGGCUCGCCUGCAUGCACAAGGGUGGCGUGCUGCACCGAGAUAUCAAACCCUCGAACGUCCUCGUGCGACGACGUGGUGCUUCCGCGUGGGAUAGCGACGUGGAGUUAUUCUUUGCCGACUUUGGCAUUGCGGCAGUGGUGCCUAACGUGAACUGCGAGACAGAACGUACGGUGAUGGGCUCUGGGGCCUACUGCCCACCCGAGAUUGCGCAGUACUGGGGUUACCGCAGUCGUUGCCCGUAUUCAUACGCCUCCGAUAUGUGGAGCACAGCGGCUAUCUUCUACGUGCAGCUCACCUGCGGCGCAGCGAGAGUGGACGAGGGCAUGGGCGCUGUUUUCUUGAACAGCAUAGCCGCACUCUCAGCUGACGAUGCAGCAGCAGCCCAACUACGUGUGGCACGUGGUGACUACCCACCGCUCUCGAUGCUGUUAAAGAUCCCUCUUAUGGAUGACAAGAGCUUAUACCUCUCCUUGCAAAGUCUGGUCUCGCGGCGCGCCGGACAGACCAGCUCUGGGGAAGCGGACUACACGCGUUACACCACCAUCGCCGAUAACAAGGUGGAGACACACGAAACAGACGCGGGUCAGUGGCCCGCGUGGGCAUUCACACCAGGCACGCAGCUGAUGGCCCGAAACCUUCGGGCACGGGAGUUGUCCCUCGAGUUUUUGCACCUUCUCGACGCAAUGAUGGCACCCAACCCUGGCGAUCGACCGACAGCUGAAAAGGUGCUUCUGGAGUCGCCACUGUUUGCAAUGCGCAUGCCAUGGUGGGAGAAGGCAGUAGAGGCAACGGUGCAGCGAAUCAUGGAAGGGAAGGAGAACGCGCUACUAGACGUGUGUGUUUGCGACAGUGAUGAGGAAGAGGAAGAGGACGAGGAGGAAAUUGCAGUCAUGCGGCGCACCAUGACACCUCUUGUAAUGCCUGCGGAGAACAAUGGCUAUGUUCCUCACAAUGUCAUUCAUUGGUGGUAUGUCGAUCUCACCAAAGGCGAACCGGACCACACGAAAUGGCUGCCGCCCUCUUCGCUCCUCUGCUCUCUUCUCACAAUGCUGCGGCGGAUGACCGCGCCCAAGGCAACAACUGCCACGGACACCGAAGAUGGUCCACGCGUGACCUUGUACACGGCAACGGGGUUGCAGUUUAUUGAGCGUGUGUUUGUGCCGUUACAGGAUACUGAAAUCACCCCCGAGAAACGCCACGACGGGCCUCUCCUUCGAGAGCUUGAGGCGCGCGGUCUUGACACAAACUCCUGCGUCCAUGUCCAGAUUCGCUUGCACGCAAAUGCCGGAGCUAAAAUGGUGUUCCUGCAGAGCGACGACGCCGACGAGGCGGAAGUAGUGGACGAAGAAGAAAUGGCGCGGUGUGUGAUGGAGAAACUGUUGUCGGCGACAGAGGCGUGGCUGCGCUACCGUGUCGCGAUGCCUGCCGAAGCCGCACUCCACGUGCUGCCAUGGGUGAGUUGGCACCUCAGCGAGGCAUCGGCCGGCGCAGACGGCAGCACACAACGAUCCUUCUUUCUGGAGUAUGUGGCAACGGCAAUGAUGCUGCGGCGGGAAGAUGCACCUCAUUGUGGCAUCCGAAUCACAGGUGAGAUCUCUGGCGUCUUUCGGGAAUGGCGCGCGAACUUGGAUGAUGCUCUGCGAAAUUCAUUGCGCAGGACGGCGGCGCCUGCCGCCAACGGCGUGGAAGGUGACAAGCCAAUGAACGUGCGGCACCGAAGCGCCGUGCUAAGCAAGUGCUUGGAAGAGGCAUUGGACGCCCUUGACGAUGCUGAGCUGGAGUUGCAAGAGGAGCAGCGCCAAGAAGAGACACACCUGGGGUUGCUGCAAGGUCAUGUGGUGCAUUGGAUGUGCGUGAAGUCGGUGCCUUCUGUGGAAGAGUGCAUGAGUUUACUCUCGGGCACGAUUGAGGGCGCCGGCACGCUUUCGAUGCAUGUCGAAAAGUGGAUUUCAAGUGCAAUUUUUACUACAGAAGGCACUGCGGCCUUGACGCCGUGCAGCCUACUUGAGGGUGGGGCGAGGAGCUUUCAUCCUCGUUCCGUGAUCUUUCUCUAG